ACCACUCGAAUCGCCACUCAACUCACCACUCACCUCACCACUCAACGCACCACUCGACUCACCACUCACCUCACCACUCAACUCACCACUCUACUCACCACUCACCUCACCACUCAACUCACCACUCGACUCACCACUCACCUCACCAUGCAAAACGAACACCGCCUUUUGGACAGCACAGACAAGCGGCCGUGGCCAAAGCUGAGAGGGCACGUGCAAGCGUGCCUACGCGUGGCCAAGAGCCUGCUGAUGAAGACGGGCGAGGACUGGUGGUUCCUCUUCGCGCUUGGGAUGCUCAUGGCUCUCAUCAGCUUCACCAUGGACUUCACGUCGGCAAAGCUGCAGAAAGUGCACCGCAUGCUCUUUGACGAGCUGCAGGACCACCGGCUGUUGCAGUGGGUGGCCUGGGUCUCCUUCCCGAUGGCCCUGACCGCCUUCUCCACGGGCUUUGCUCAGAGCGUCUCGCCGGCCUCCGGAGGCUCGGGUAUCCCUGAGCUGAAGACCAUCCUAGGCGGAGUGGUGCUGGAGGAGUACCUCUCCAUACGCACCUUCGCCGCCAAGGUCAUCGGCCUCACGUGCACCCUCAGCGCCGGCAGCACGAUCUUCCUCGGCAAAGUGGGCCCGUUUGUGCACAUAUCCAGCAUGCUGGCCACCUUCCUUGGUCGAGUGAUGACGAGAGUGGCUGGAACUUACGAGAACGCAGCGCGGCAGUACGAGAUGCUGGUGGCAGCCGCCGCUGUCGGCGUGGGAUGCUGCUUCGGAGCUCCUGUUAGCGGGGUGCUCUUCAGCGUCGAGGUCAUGUCGAGUCACUUCGCCGUGCGCGACUACUGGCGGGGAUUCUUCGCCGCGUCGUGCGGGGCCCUCAUGUUCCGCAUCCUCUCCGUGCUCAACAAGGAGCAAGAAACCAUCGUGGCUCUGUUCAAAACGCAGUUCCUCGUCGACUUUCCGUUUGACCUGCCCGAGCUCUUCUUCUUCGCCUUGCUUGGUGUCAUCUGCGGAGGGGUCAGCUGUGCCUACCUCUACUGCCAGCGCACGUUCUUUGCGUACGUCCGCAAGAACAAAGUGACCGCUAAGCUCCUGGCCAGCGACAAGGCCCUCUACUCCACCGCGGUGGCUUUCCUGCUGGCGGUCAUCACGUUCCCGCCUGGGUUUGGCCAGUUCAUGGCCGCGCGGCUCACCAUGAAGGAGCUGCUGACCUCCAUGUUCGACCGGGACACGUGGUUCGUCCUGUCGGCGAACAGAAGCGCCGACUUGGCGGCGCCGGUCAACCAGAGCAGCCUGUGGCUGGAGUGGGCGAACCCCGACUACGGCGGCGUGUUCGCCACGCUCUGCGUCUUCAUCGUCAUGAAGUUCUGGAUGCUCAUUCUCGCGACAACAAUGCCCCUUCCCGCUGGUUACUUCAUGCCCGUGUUUGUUUACGGCGCCGCGCUGGGCCGGCUGGUCGGCGAGGUCCUCGCUUACAUCUUCCCAAACGGAAUCAAGUCGGAAGGAACCGUCGUGUACAUCACGCCGGGAGGUUACGCCUUGGCAGGAGCGGCCGCCUUCUCCGGCGCGGUCACCCACACGGUGUCCACGGCCAUGCUGGUGUUCGAGGUGACGGGCCAGAUCGCUCACAUCCUGCCCGUGCUCGUGGCCGUGCUCGUCGCCAACGCCAUCGCCCAGAAGUUCCAGCCGUCCUUCUACGACGGCACCAUCAUGAUCAAGAAGCUGCCCUACCUCCCCAAGCUGCGGGGCGCGGGCCGCACCGGGGCGUAUGGCAUUCUAGUGGAGCAGUUCAUGAACACCAAGAUCAGCUACCUGACGCGGGAUUCUUCGGAGCGACACGUCAAGAAGAUCCUGAAGUCGGUGCCCCUCACAGCCUACCCCGUGGUGGACGCCGACAAUUCCAUGAUACUGGUGGGCGCGGUGAGAAGACCAGAACUUGUUCAAUGGAUGAGAAACCGGGCCACAGAUGGGGAGUUGGAACCCCCAAAGACACUCGACGGAUGCGACAUUGAGCCGAUCACAUUUCAGCUUUCUCCAAAGACGUCCCUCUAUCAGGCUCACAAGCUGUUUGAGCUGCUCGGACUGCAGUUCAUCUACGUCACGUCGGCCGGGCGGCUCGUCGGGGCUGUCACACUUGCAGAGCUGCGACGAGGCAUGGAGGACCUCAUAAGUGGCAAGAUCGUCCCGGCUCUGAUGUCGGCUGUCUGACGGGCCGUGACUUUCCCAGUUCCAGCUCGACGCAUCGUUGCCAGAGCUUCGCUUGGUAUAGUUUAAACAUAAAGACCCCAAGUGAACUGUUUAUGGAACGCGUUUCCGGACGAGACCACUUAAUCACCACACAGGACGAAAAUGACUUUGGUGUAGCUGUACAACCACCCUGCGGGCCAGGCAACAUGGUAUUAUCUUCAUUCUUGGCCAGGAUCGAUCCACUGCUGGAUGGAGGCCUCCCCAAGCCAUCACCGUCUUUCGCGUCCCUUGAGAUUCUAUCUAGCUGCUGCACAAACACACACACUCACUCAUUUGACUGCUCCAUCACCGCGCCGACGUUAAACCCCAUUGGCUGCCACUCUGUUGUCAAUCUUGUCAUCCUAUCUGCGAUGUGUCCUGCCAAAGUCCACUUAAUUGUCUCAACAGUCAAUACAAUGUCUCCGCCUUGCGUGCAUUCUUCCAUCCGCCUGUUCCCCUUCCUAACUCUCAUCGUAAGUCCGAGCAAGCACAUGCCUCUCCACGAUCCUUCGCCCACUUUUCAGCUUUCAUCCCAUUUUUCUUCGUCCGCCUCCAUGUGUCUGACUUGUGCAUCACAGCAGGUGACACGCACACAGCUGAUUACGUAGCAUUCUCCUUUGGGCACAUUGUGAGUUCCUUUGCAUUGUUAAGUUCGUGUUUUUACGAAAGCGCUUCUAACCUCGCUCGCAUCCUUGUCAUCAUUGUCUCUGCAUUGUCUUAACACCGUCGUUGUGACGUUGUCUUAAAGUGCAGGUGGGGCAUUGAUCAGGCGAUACGGGAGAUCUGACCACUACAUGGGGGUCAUCGAUUGUUAAAAGUGGAUUCCCAUUCCCUGUAGGCUCUCUGCGAAUGCCUUGUCAGAGAUAUCUUGUGUUUGUACAUACACAUUAUGCGGAGCGUUGCUUAUUUAACGUAACAAUUUGCUUUGCCGUGAUUUCAUAUUUUGCCACGAUUCUGUUCAAGAAUCCCAUUAUACCAGAUGGCCCACUUGUCAGGAGACAUCGGGUUCUUUCAUUUAUUUUGACACUGGCAUUAUUUUUUUUAUUGUUUAUUCUUUAAGCUAAUAUUAUUUCUAUUAUAAUUAUUAGUAUUUAUUUUUCAUCUUCCUGUGGGGCCACCUCAAACCCGUCAUUAAAAAAUCUGGACCGAGAACUGUGAAGGAAUUGAGAAAACAGAAGAUAAUUUAUGAAUGUAAAAAAAAAAGUCUCGCGUGAAUUUCCAAAGAAAAUGCAUGCAUUCAUAUUCAUGGAAUUCAGUUUGAACAUUUGUUGAAACACAUGAAAUAACCGUCAGUCAUUUGUUAAAAUAAAUAUAACCCUGCGUCCUGACAUUUGGAGCACCCUGCUGAAAGUGUUUUGGUUACAUUGGUGGUGAACGUAGCACCUCCAGUGACUGUGCGAGCCAAUGUGAACCCGUUCCGUACGACGUAGAACCAUUGACUCUCACCCGCUUAGUUCGGUGCAUUAGCUUGAAUAUUGGAAUGGAUUUUCAACAAUUGAUUGAUGUAUCCCGACAUGCCUUGUGUAUAUAAACCACUUGUCUCUUUUUUUUACACGUGUCACUUCUGAACACAGUGUUCAAGCCACCGCAGUCAGCGAGCCGAAUCGAUUUGAUAGAAACUUGAGCUACCAAUAUGUAGAUUAAUAUAUUUUUUAAAGGAGGAUUUUUUUUUUUUUACAUAUUCACUUUUGCAAGAGAGGUCGCGGAAACUAAAAUUGCUCAAUAAUUAGUUUUGUUUAUAUUAUAAGAAAUAUGUAUAUAUGUUGAAUUUCUUUCACACAGUACUAGCCAACCAUGCUAAUAGGAGGUGCGGGGGAAGGACAACAAAUUAAACACAAAAAGCAGUUCUAAAGAUUUAAAGCUUUCGUGACUGCAGGGAUUCAUCUUCUUAAGUUCUUUCGGUAAAGUCACGUAGAAGGGAAAUAAUGAAAUAAUAAAAAUAAAACAUAAUAAAAUAAAAAUUCUCACAACGUUUCGGUCACGACACAAGCAGCCGUCCUCAGGCGAAGAAACAGAGCCGUCGGAAAGAUAGCGUCCCAUUGUGUUGUGGCCGAAACGUCGUGAGAAUUUUAUUAUGGUUUAUUAUUUUAUUAUUUCCCUUCUACGUGACUUUACCGAAAGAACCAAGAAGACAGUUCUAAAGAAUUGAGUUUUCAGUCAAGAUUCAGUGGCUCCCUGAUAUCGGAAGAAAGAACGUUCCAGAGGUCCGCAGAAGCGCAUCUGAUGCCCGCGAGAUGCAGUGGCCACCGUCUUUGUUGGAUGGUUCGCCAAAAAGUGCUGCGGGAUGACUGGAGUUUGUGUGAUAGUUGCGAUGGAAUCACCUCGGCAGUCGUGUUGGUUACUGGCUACUUGCUGUUUGUGGCUUUUGGGCCCGUUUUAAAGUUUCAAGUUUAAUUUGGUUUAACCGGUUGAGGACGCAAGAGACCCCGGAUGAGUCUGAUUUUGCAAGAGUCGCGGUUAUUUGGCGCUCGUACUGAAUCUUUUUUUUAUUCCUGAUGUAGAAUAUUACACACGGAUGCAAUGUUUAGUUUUAUUAACAUGUGUGCAUGCCCCUGUUCACAAAAUAGCUGUGUAUGCAAAUGUUAUGAAAUAUACAAAAUAUAUAAACGCGGUUUGUACAAAAUAAAUGUUUUAUAAUCGUGAUAUGAUCAAGAUAAUUGAACAGACGUUUGGGUGAUUAAUGACACAAGGAUUUGGCUUCAAUUACAACAUCGACAUUGGUCAUGUUCUUUUCGCAAGUUUCAAAUUAGCAAUGUCAUUAGAUUGUCUUGACAAAUCUAGCUAGCAUGUCUGCUUACUGCUACAAAACCAAAAAUGUCACAUCUUAAGUCUUCUAAGGCUGGUGACUUGAAUUUUUUUUUUUACCAAAUCCAUGCCCCAUUUUGGUGCUUGCAUCGUAUUGCCGUUUUACCCCCGCAAUUCUAUGACCUAAAUAGUUUCCGAUCCUGGCAUGCGUUAGAUGACACGCAUUGCAGCCCAGUUAUUCUGAAGCUGCCAUUCACAAAAUAAUCUACAGCAACAAACCAUUCCGCCCACUACCGCCCCCAUCCGCUGUUUAACCUCCUUGGUUUGGCGGGUGGCUAGGGCUGACAG